AUUUUCGUUGGUCAAGUUCGAAUACUUCCCUCGUUGCAGCAUACCCAAGCUCUAAGUUGGAUACAGAAUCUAUAGAGCCAAAUCUAGGAGGCCCGCCGGAACUUUUCGCGCCGACUGGGUUACGCUUGCAUCAACAAUUGCAAAACCCAUCGAGGCAAGUGAUAGGCAUGGCGCUGAGGAACUUCGGUCCGGAUGCGCUGCUUGGAGAGUGGACGGACGAAAAGUACAAUCCAAAGCAUAAUGGCAAAAGCUUUGAGGAAUCCAUCCGAGCUGCAUUCAACAUCCCCAAAUCGGACAAUUAUGUCUAUAGAGCACAGGGCGAGACAACCCUCGCCAUCACCCAGAGAGCCAUUGAUGGCAAGCGGGUGCACGGUAUGCACGACUGGUACCAUGAUGAGAACAGGGAACUUAGCGACCCAGCACACCCAUCGCCAGACGAAAUCUCCGCGUACGCCAGCCUCUUCUCGCCCGCAGUCUCGCUUCCCAAGACCCUAAACGCGUUUAAAGCAAGCUCAAAGCCCCGCACUAUCCGCGCCCACAUCUCCAACCACCUCCAAGGCCGCUUCCACAACACUACCACUGGUCUGAUUCCUGCAAAGAAAGACCGGUUCCACAUCAAUCCCUAUCUUUCUCUCUGGACCUACUCCUGCGAUGAGCUGGAAUGGGCGGGCCCAUGGCCAAACACCGUACACACAAAAAUAGCGCACCACAUUCUCCCGGUCUUCUACCAUCAUUUUGGCUGCAUAGUGCCGACCUAUGCAGCUCUACACGUCGUUGCGAAGCUGGCACAGCCCGCAAAACCGUCAAAAGAAAAUGUAAGGCCGGUCCUGGACAUAGGCUCCGGCAACGGGUACUGGAGUUUCAUGCUCAGGAGCUUCCCCUUGUUGGAGAACAUGAAGACCCUCGACGUCCGGCCGAUCGAUAACGGGCUGUCCGAGUACCGCGUGAGCUGGGUGGCUGACACUAUCCGCGAGGACGGCAUUUCGUACCUGAAUAAUCAUGAUGGAGGGAAGGGGUGUGUGCUAUUGCUCGUCUACCCGCAGGCCACAGGCAACUUUACAGGGCCUGUUCUGAAGGCGUUCAAGGGGGAUAGUAUUGUGGUUGCAGGAACGCAAAACGGGAAUGGGUUUACGGCUUUUCGGGAUGAGGUGGUGGAUGAGUGGGUUGAGAGGGAGUUGAAGGAGUUUGAAUUGACGUUGCGUAUGCCGUUGCCGAGUUUUGCAGGGAAGGAUGAGGCGUUGUUUGUUUUUCAGAGGAAGGCGAAGUGAAGCACUAUUUGCGUAUCUCUUGGUAGUUCCGUAAAAUUACUGUCUGUUGGCGGCUACCCAGGUGGCCAUGCGGCCGCUCGGAAGCGGACUCUUAUUUAGUUGCGUUUGGCUCUUCCUGAGGUAAUGGCUUAGAAUUUAAGAUUCGAACUCUGCAUUGCUUGUCUCAGGGCAAUACAGUGCACAGUACCCCAC